UUACCCCAAAAACUGAACAGUGCCUAUCAUUCAGUCCAUUCAGUCAGUUCCUCUGACUUGCACGGCUUGGAAGAAAUCAUCUAUUAAUCAUUUAUUUACUUAUUCUGUGAGAUGUGUGAUAUUAACAGACCUUUUCUCUUUUUUUACAGAUUUAUUGCUGCUGAACUUCUCUGCGCUCUGCAAUAUCUGCACGGACGUGGUAUCAUUCAUAGAGACUUGAAACCCGACAACAUACUGCUUGACGGCACCGGCCAUGUAAAACUCGCAGACUUUGGCCUUUCUAUAGUUGGUGUGUUUGGAUCCAAGAAAGUGUAUAGUAAUGCCGGUACUAAACACUAUAUGGCCCCAGAGAUUCACGAUAGAAACCCCUACGAUGCUACGGUCGACUAUUAUUCACUUGGUGUUAUCCUGUUUGAAAUGGCCACAGGAGCAGAAGCAGAAUCGGCCAAAUGCAGGAACUCACUCUAUCCAAACAACAUUGACCCUGACCUUCGAGAUGUCAUUGAGCGACUUCUUGAAGAAAAUCCAAAAGUUCGCGGGACGGCAGUGGAAAGACUGCGAGAACACUCCUUCUUCAGAUCAAUUGAGUGGAAGAAGCUGGAGGAAGGAAAGGUUACCCCACCAUUGUGGAUGCCAGAUUGCCAAGAAAAAGACACAAAUGACACAAAUGAGCAAAUAGAAGUGAAGAAACUGAUUCACCACAGAAGAAAGAAACAGAGGAGAAUUGCAAAUGCAAAACAGAGAUUGUUUGAUGGCUUCAGCUUCAUAAGCAGGAAAUGGAAAAAAGAUGCUGAACAGGAAAUGAAAGAAUGAAGACGGCUGACUUUUGAGAAACACUCACUAGUCAAGAGUCCUGUACUGUCUUCAGCCAGGCCAGUCCUUUGCUGGUCUUCGGAUCCCGGCAUUACCAUCUAGACUUAGGGAGCCUGUAUAGGGCAGGUUAGGGUGUUAUAGGGGCAAAUUGGGGUGGUAUAGGGCAGGUUAGUGUGAUAUAGGGCAAAUUGGGGUGGUAUGGGGCAGGUUAUGGUCAUAUAGGGCAGAUUGGUUUGUUAUAGGGCAGGUUAGGGUAAUAUAGGGCAGUUUGGGGUGGUAUAGGGCAGGUUAGGGUGCUUUAGGGCAUCUAUGUGGUGGUAUAGGUCAGACUAGGGUGGUAUAGGGCAGAUAGGGGUGAUAUGGGGCAGGAUAGGGUUAUAUAGGUCAGUUUGGGGUAGUAUAGGGCAGGUUGGGUUGGUAUAGAGCAGGUUAGGGAUGUAUAGGGCAUAUUGGGGUGGUAUAGGCCAGGUUAGGGUGGUAUAGGGCAGGUUGGGGUGGUA